AUGCUGAGAUUGCAGGGAGUUCUUUGGGUAGAAUCGGUUCCUGAAGACGGGUUGCAAAUAGCGAUUUAUGACGAGAACACGGUGGUGAAUCAGGGCACCUCAGAGUGGCCUCUGCCACAGCUGACAUUUCAUCAGGUGCAUGGCUCGAAUAUACAAAUUUUACGAGGUGGCCGAGUCGCCAAACGGAAGGAAUCAUUUUGCAAAGGACUUGCCUUCAGCAGCCGGCCUAUACAGAUCGACGAAAACGUAUGUAUCCGUUUUGCCGAAGUAGUUUCCAAUUGGUCGGGUGUAUUGCGCUUUGGCGUUACAGCUGUCGAUCCUGAAACUUACCGUGGUAUCGAGCUACCGAAGUUUGCGUGUCCGGAUUUGACAAGUAAGGAAGGCUAUUGGGCGAAAGCGUUGCCUGAGCGUUAUUCUGUUGCCGGAUCAGUUUUGCAUUUUUAUGUGAAUGCCGAAGGCGAACUUUAUUACGGCAUAAAUGGUGUUUUGAAAGGCCAGUUUCUGAAUGGAAUCAAUGUUUCAUCACCCUUGUGGGUUAUCGUUGAUAUUUAUGGUAAUAGCUCUUCACUCGAAUUCAUUGAUCCAAAUGAGGUAAGAUUUCGGUCGCCGCGAUCAGUAACUGCUAGAAGUCGUGUAGUUCGUCCUCAGUCGGCAACAUCCGUCCCGCAGGUACCUGCAACAACGAGUGCAGCAACACAUCAUCAGCAUCCCAGAAGCGGUUCAAAUGCUCGACGCAAUUUACCAUUGUCAAAAUAUCAUGCAGAUGUCCACUUCACACCGCUAACAUUUCACUCCGUCCGAGGCAAGCAUGUUUCUUUAACGCAUGGGUACACUGUAGCCGAGAGGCAUACCGGGGAAUAUGCGUGUGGUUAUGUCUUCACUUCCAGACCGCUGGUACUUGAUGAAAAAAUUGUCAUUCAGAUUUUGGAUGUGGAGCCGGCUUAUACUGGUAGCAUGGCAUUUGGGUUAACCUGUUGCGACCCGGUGAAUUUGCAAGGCUCGACACUUCCUGUAGACAGUGAUGAUCUUCUGGAACGACCGGAGUAUUGGGUUGGUAUCAAAGACGUCGCUGCGCAACCAAAAAUUAGCGAUGAAUUGUCAUUUUGGAUAACUCAUAGAGGUCAGUUUUGA